CACCAAAGCACCUGUCACUUUAAAACUGCUCAGUGAUUCUUGUGUACAGUAAGACUGAGAAUCACUUUUCUAAGACUUUGCCACAACAUUACAAUCUUCUAAAUCUCUGGGAAACUACAGACGCUAUGGUGGGAGGAAAGGAAUUGAACAGAAAGCUUGAACAGCAUUUUGAUUCCCAUCAUUGCCUGAAAGGCCUCAUGGAGCCAGAAGCCUUGAAAAUAUGUCCUUAUAUCCCAACCCACAAGAUGCCAGCUAGCAGAUUACAGUACCACCUGGUGUCAUGCAAAAAGAAAAAUCCAAACAUAGCUAAGAAGAUGGCUAGCUGCAAAUACAAUGCUUGUCAUGUGGUUCCAAUCAAAAGACUCAAGGAACAUGAGGCUAAUUGUGUCUACAGAACUGCUGUUGAUGAUGAGCCAGUUAAUCUUCCCAAGUUGAUUUCUACAAAUUUGGAAUUAAAGGAAAAACUUCCUUGUACUGCCAGUCAGAUUCCUGACCCGAUUGUCUGGGAUAUAGAUAACAUGAAUCACUCUUCUCCCUUCGUUCUUAAGACUUUUACCCCAAGAAUCCUGGUUUGUGAAAGUGACUCAAGAGACCUAAAAAAAGAGGCUAUGACUGCUAACCAUCAUAAAAACAAUAAAAGGUCAGAAAAACUGACAGGGAGGCCAGGGGUGGUGGCACACGCCUAUAAUCCCAGCACUCGGGAGGCUGAGGAAGUGGGGGCCCCACCCUCUGGCGCCAGGGACCGGAAGUGGGCGUUGCCCAGGUGUGGCCGUGAGGCGGAGGCGGCCGUGAGGCGAGCGCGGCGCCGCUGA